UCCGUUUCGGCUCUUAAAUAAGUGGCACUCGUACGUUACAGUAUUCUCCUAGCACAACAUUUCUGUGUAUGUAACAUUAGUAUUUUUAUCGGAGUUUUUUUUUUUUGGCUUUUUGCGCGAUCACUCCACGGAUCCAGGGAAGUGUCCCCGCCUCACGGUGCUCGCUGCGGAUCAAAACGACCGCCCCCCCUUACGGACGAAACCACCCUGAGCAGAGCUAGAGUGAACCCAUGACGGAGCAGACAGGGAGAGAGGACAACAACGCGUUUAUCACCGAAUUGCCAUCGAAGCAGACCGCUAAAGCCCCUUUUCACGGGCCAUGAUGGGGAGGUUAUGUGAGCUGGCUCUUGUGAGCCUGCUUCUAGUGUUUCUCCUGAACACUGAAUCGACAUGGGCUAAAAGAAGUGGCAGCAGCAGCGGCAGGAAAAGCACAUCAUCCUCCAGCAACAGGGGUGGGACACAAUCAAAACCAGCCAGUACCAAUCGGAACACCAAUCCAUAUCCCUCUGGUGGAAGUUAUCCUGGAGCUGGUAACACUAAUCCAGGAGGAUAUCCCAGACAAAAUCCAGGCAGUUAUCCAGGAGCUGGUAACUCUAAUCCAGGCGGAAAUCCCAGACAAAACCCAGGAAGUAAUCCAGGAGCUGGUAGUUACCCUAACCAGUAUCCUGGUAGAGCCAAUCCUGGAGGGUACCCGAAUCAGAAUCCAGCAGGUGGAUACCCAGCCGCAGGAGGAUAUCCUAAUCAAAACCCAGCGAGAGGGAACUACCCAAAUCAGAAUCCAGCUGCUGGAGGCUACCCCAACCAAUAUCCAGGCAGGGCUGGUACCAACCAAGGAGGAUAUCCCAACCAGUACCCAGCUGGAGGAGGUUAUCCCAAUCAGUAUCCAGGUGCUGGGGGCUACCCAGCUGGAGGUGGCUAUCCUAACCAAAGGUCCCCGUACCAGUACCCAGCAGCAGGUGGUUACCCAGUCAGAGGUGGGAACACAGGACAAGGUUGGGGUCAUGGUCAGGCUGGUGGGUACCCAGGGGGUCACCCCUAUGGUGGCGGAGGUGGUUACCCUGGUGGCUACCCUGGUGGUGGUGUUGGUGGUUACCCAAACUGGAACCCAAAUAAUAAGAUCCUCAGUCCUGGCUUUGGUGGAGGAGGCUACGGAUAUGGUGGUUAUGGUGGUGGGAUGGGAGGCUCUCCUUUCUCUCGUUCUGUGCAGAGUAUGGGAUACCAGCCCAAGUCUUCAGGUUUUGCCAAAAAAGCCAUUAUGGCAGCUGGCGUCGGCGCUGUGGCUGGAAUGGCCGUUGGAUAUGGACUAGGCCGCUUCCCUCGACCACAUUUCAACUUUCGCAACCCUGAAGAAGAGCACUACUACAACAACUACAUGUACCGCCGUUACGGCACCCAGUCCACAGAUGAGAAGGACUUCGGCCGUGAUUAUGUCUACAAGCUUCCACCACGGGCAGAGACUUAUGACAAGUUCAUGGCUCGCUGUAUGAAUAGGACUGACCUUCUUAAAGAUCAGGGCAGCAGCUCUACCACUCCAAACAAUCAGGGUGGAGGUGAUGAAGAUGAUGACACCGUCAGCAUUGAGGAGAUUGGAUAUCCGUCCCUAAUUGAGCAAUUGAAGGCCCGGCGCUGUGUUGAGCUGUACAUGGAAUAUUCUGAGAAAUUUCUGGAAGAACGAAAAGCCGAGCAACAGUCCCAGCCUGGUAAUCGGCAACAGUACCUGCCUGGAAAUCGCUGCAGCCCACUGAGUGACGGGGUGAUUCAGCUUUUUACCUCCCUCAUCAUGCUACUGUCCAGCAUGCUCCUUCUGCAGUGAGAACACCCUAAAGGGAUUUCUACUUCCUCCAUUAUAUGUGCAUCCCGCAUCUGGCUAAUGUAGUUUAACUCCAUUAUCUCCACAGUAAAAAACAUAGCUGUACACUUGCAAGCUCUGUGGGUCGUAUUAAGUCAGCCAUUUAUUAUUUCCAGAGAAAACUUGCAAAUAGUAACAAAAUGAUAUUGUGUGUAUAUUAACUAAAGCAGUCAUUUUUAAGAGGCAGCAGUCAUGUAAUAUUUUGACAGAUCAGUUUUGUGUUGUGCAAGCUGCACCUAUUUUUUGUUAGAAUUUUAUCAAGAAUUCAUUUUGCACUUUUCUAAUCCCACAUUGUUGUGCACUGAAUGCAUAGAAAAGAGAUUCAGGGUACUUACGUUCAGUUUUUUUGUGACAAUUUAUUAUGACAAUAGGUCUUCUACUGUUGGUAAAAUAGGAAUAUGACAUUAAGAGUUUCAUAUAUGUACAAAGUCAUCCAGUUAACAUCAUCACAUCAUUCAUUCAUCAUUUUCAUAGACUGGAGUAUCCAACAGACUGUCAUUGGCUAUAUGUGCUUCAUUAAAUAUAUGAGCAUUUAAAGGAUAAGGAUAAUGGCUAUAUAUGACUCGUCCAGUGUAAUCAAAGUCAAAUUGAUUUGAAAAGAUGUUAUUUGCAUCCUGUUUUAUUCCAAAAUCUUCCCUUUUUGCCCCUAAAUUCAAAGUGUAAACAUGCACACAGGGGCUUCCACAGACUUGAAUUAUGCUGGACGAGCUGUGUGGAGUCAUUUGAUCCUUUUUUAGGUGUUUUUUUUUACAUUUCAAAACAAGUCCCCAUCUACUUCAGUGAUUUUGGAGAAUGCUGCAAUGCUACUUUGCUGUGAAGCUCCAGAAAUGUUUUGUGGACAGCUAAAAUCCACUCGACUUUCCUUCAGCUAACAGAGUGAUGCAUCAGCAUAGUGAUGAGUAAAUAAUGACUGAAUUAUUAGUUUUGGGUAAACUUAUCCUUUAAGCCAAAGUUCUACUAUUAAAUCUGAAUAAUGUCAACAUAAGACCGAUUGUCAUUGUGUUUCAGCAAUAGUCCCCACCUCCAAAUGUGCUUUGACAUAUUAUCAGUAAGAAAGUAGAAGUAAAAGUCUUCAGGCCCCACUGUGGUUUGCUGGCGGUUUGCUCUAAAUGCUGAUAGAUCUGCAGCAAUGUUUGGGUCUGCAUUGUUGUGUAAUGGCCCUGAUGAGACCAUUUAGUGCUCACAAGAUGAUGCAAGAACACAUCUUGGUACCGAAACUAGCAGACAGCCCAUUACUUGUGGUGAAAUGAUUGAAUAUUCCACAAUUAACAAGUUAUAAGACAGCCUAGCUCCGCUCCUUCUCAGGUACAUGAUACUAACACACAUUAUUUGUUAUUGCAUGUAAUAGCCCUUGACAGAAAGGGGCUGUAGGUGAAUGCAUGUCCUUUGAUGUGCAGCAGAUGGUGUCAUUAGUGGUGUUGCUACCUUGCCUGCGGCUGUAGAGAACAAUAAAAGCAUUUGUUGACUAUAGCUCCUGAUGCUUUUAGCCUGUGUUGUGUUAGCAUGGUGAUAGCUAGGCUUUUGCACCAACACGAUCAACAACAAUUCAACACUUUUAUCCUAUAUUCUCAGCACUAACUCUGCUUUAAUCCUGUGCCUCAGCCUCACUCAUCAUCACACACAGACUCUUAAUGUCACAACUAUUAUCAGACAGACCAGAUUAACACUGGAAGUGGAAGCAGACACUGGCUUAAAUUAACUGGAAACUGAAAACUGCUGUUGAGGUUAGAUUUGUUCUGAAAUCUUGCGCCAGACUUGGAUUCUUGUCCUGGGUUGUUCAAGUUUCCAGCGACAGUCUAAUUUCCCAUACUUUCCAGUCAGAUCUUCCAGGCUUGCCCUGGUCAGUACAUCUCUGCGUCUUCCUCUCUCUAAGGUGAGGUAUUGGCGGGUCUGUAAAUAUCUCCGUUAGCUUUUUCUGAACUCUUGCCUCCCCUGGCUGUCAGGAUGUGUGUCCCUGCAGGAAUGAAAUUUCUACUCUCCUUUUCCCUCAAAGUCAGUUAAGUGGACUUGUAACUCCCACUAGCUUUGUGGGGUUGUGUAUAGUGAAGUUUAUCUGUACAUCAUUCCUCUGUGUAUGUUAUUCUUUGACUCCUGCUUGUUUUCUUUUUAUCUGAAUGUUUUAAUUAUUUCUUUAACUUUGCACUUUGUAACCGUGGUUACAAUUGUAGGCUGUCAGUGAGGGAAAAAGUAUCACUGUUCAUUUCAGUUUUUCAGUGUACUUGUAUUCAGUUAAGUCUGUUGUCUGUACGCAUUACACAAUACUUAGUGUGUUAUGACUUACCUGUAGCUUUGCUCUGAUUGGACCAGUCGCCCUUCAAAUCCCUGUUUUGUUUCCACACUCUGCCCAGGGCCUCUCCGGUUCCUGUGUGUUGGUUCUGGCAAAAUGUUUCCAAUUGAUUUUGAAGUUGAUAUUUUACAUUUUCAUACUGUUUCACAUUUUCAUACAACAUUGUCUGUAGACUAUCUUUAAAGUGCACUUAUGUCCCUUCAGGAGUAGAUAUUCUGUAACUGUGUCAUUGAACUCAUAUUGGGAAUGUAGACUGAAACUUCCUGUUUGGCCUGCAGUUGUAAACACUUCGAGUUACUCAUCAAGUAAUAUGACUAAUAUGGUUUGUCAUGGAUGUUUAUGUGUUAAAUAAAAUGAGUAAUAAAUACC